CAGUCAUACUCCUCUUGAGAGUGGUGUGGUGUGAGGCUAACCCCUGAAGAUGCUGAUGCUUCUGCUGCUCCUGGGGCCCAGUAUGAGCCUUAUUAUAUCAGUAGCUUGGGCGAGUGUGCUUGUGUGUUGGCAUGAGUGAAGUGGUAGCCAGAGACUGUGGAUUUUUUCUGCCAAUCAAAAUAAGAGCGGACAUCCAUGACCUCUGGGAAGGCUCAGGGCUUGGUGCCCUCGUCUCUCAACAUCCAAGCAGGGCUAUCUGUAAGAAGGGAAGCUCCGUGGAGAUGGAGUGCCGUACAGUGGGCCUUCAGGCCGACACCGUGUUUUGGUAUCGUCAGCUGCCGAAACAGGGCCUCACGCUGAUUGCAACCUCUAUUCAGGGCUCUGGUCCCAAAUACGAACAAGGUUUUUCUGAUGCCAAAUUUCCCAUCAGCCAUCCCAAUCUAAAAGUUUCAACUUUCAUGGUGACGAGUGCACAUCCUGCAGACAGCAGCCUCUACUUGUGUGGUGCUAGUGACACAGCGCUGGGCAGAGGUCAGAUACCCAAACAAGAACCUUUGCAACAACCCUCUCUUCCUCACCCCAUCAAAGCUGUGGAGCUCUGUGGAAGAAGGUGUGGAGAGAGGAAAACCACAGCUUCUACUGUUCAGCUCUAUGUUGUCUCCAUCCGAGACCUUCAAGAUAAAGAAAAUCGGAAGGCAGCCAAGCAGAGAUAUUCACCCUUGAAAGAAUGUGAUGAUGUGCUGGAUACAGUGUUCUGA